AUGAGGAAUCCUAAACUCUAUAAAGUGAUUCAACAGAACCCAGGUGAUCAACUUCCAUCGUAUCAAGAUGUAAUGCGCAACCCUCAAAAGUUCCCCAAGAUCUUGGAAGAUCCUGAUGUUACCGAAUCGUCAUCGAUGAGUCCAUCUAUAGUUCAUCCUACUCAAACAUCAUCCAGUGUUCCACCCAGUCAACACACAGCUUCAUCCACUCUACGAAGAGUUGCAUCCACUCUACAGAGAGCUUCAUCCACUCUACAGAGAGCUGCAUCUAGUGUGCGAAAAGUUUCAUCCAGUCUUGCAUGGAAAGUCGAUCGUUCUUGA